AUGGGGGUCUAUACCGAUGAAGACGCGUCGUUGCUCGCGAACGCAGCAGUCGGUUGUCCAGCCGCUGUCGCCGCCGCUGCGGGAGUCGCAGGAGGAGCGACUUACGUUCCGCUUCCGGAUGGGAAGCAGCAGCAGCAUACAGAAGUAUCCAUCGUGCCAGUGUAUCGCGUCUCGGCGGUAACGGCUGCACAGGCGCAGGCUUCCGGGUUACCACCAGCGGGAUUCACGUCGCGCGGGUCGCUGUGCUUCGUGAGCGGCACGCCGUACGAGGACGGCGUCAUCCCCCCUAACGCCAUCUUCUCGCACCCCAACGGCCGGCAGCUUCGCGGAACGUUCUUCGGGGAUACGCCAGCGCCGUUCACGUGCCCGUGCUGCGGGUUCUCGGGGCUCACUGAUGUCCGCUCGUCUCUGAGUGCAGCUGCCGUAGUGGCAGCAGCGGUGACAAUCGUUGGAGUGUGUUUCCUUACGCCCGGUAGCUGCAUGUGGCAUAAGAAACACUUCUGCCCUUGCUGCCAGAACAAGGUGGGUGAGCACCAAAAGGACGACAUCUCCAUCCCCUCUUCCCUCUCUGUCGUGCCCGCCCCAAUAUCUGUUUCGUCACCAGGAUCCCUCACUGACACUCACGUUGCGUGUCAAAUCCAACUUUCAUUGCCGUCUCGUUGCUCUUCCAUUCGCCCUGAUCUCCAAGUUUCCUUGCCUCUCGCUCGCCCUCUUGUCGCGAUGGCGCCAACAGCGGGAGCCGGGACUGCUAAGAUGCUGAGUAAGCUGGAGGCGAGCGUGAAGGCAGGCAACUUCUACGAAGCACAGCAGCUCUACAAGAGUGUCAGCGCCAGGUACCUCAGUAAAGGGGGUGCACGGGCAGAGGACGCGGUGGAGUUGCUGCAGAGCGGUGCGAGCGUGCAGCUGCAGCAGCGGCAGGUGACGUGUGGCACGGAGCUAGCUCUUCUGCUCGUGGACGCUCUGUCCGCAACGCACACCGCGCACUCGCAAGGCACUGUGGAGCGUCUACUGGCCAUUAACGACGCCUUCAAGCCGUUGCUCUCACACCAAACCGGCUCGCCCGCUGCUGCUGCGAGUGAGAGCAGGGAGCAAUCUGCAGCGCCGGAGGCAGCCGCGUCUGCUGCUGCUGCUGAAUCCGAAUCACUGUCUGCGUUUGAAGGCUGCUUGUCCUUCCUCAAAGCCGCCAUUCGGUGGUCUCUGAAGGCACAGGGAGCACCAAGGCAUGGAGCACCAGAGCUGCACGAUGCACUGGCCGUGCUGCUGUGGACGCAUGGUGCCACCCAGGAUCUAGAGGCAGCCAGCCGGCACUUCGUGCUGGGCCGCGACACUAAGGCGUUUAGCUCAGUUCUCUGCCAAGUCAUGCAGGAGGGCUUCCCAGACGAGGUGGAUCUUGUGCUCGCCAGAGCCGUGCUGCAGUACCUGGCAGUGGGCAACAUAAAGGGAGCCAACGAGCUGAUGGACGAUAUAACAGCACGUGGAGCAGCAGGCACCGCACCAGCUCUACCCGACUCCCCUCUCAUCCACUUCACCCGCUUCCUGCUGCUCACUGUGGAGCGGGAUGCGCUGCCUCUCUUCCUGCUGCUGCGCAAGGUGUAUGCCCCCAGCAUCCGCCGAGACCCGCAGUUUCACUUGUACCUGGACGAGAUAGCCCACCGCUACUACAAGGUGGCGCGGCCCUCAGGGGGAGGGGACUUCAUGGGGGGGCUGCUGCAGGUGCGCACUGAGCGCCCUUCUGCCGCGCAUCUCGUCAAACGCGUGGUUUCUCAAAUGGAUUCGUUCAACGAGGGCUCUUCUCCUCGGCAACGCCGCCUCGAUCCCGAUCCGUUCCCACGUCUGUCAGAUGAUCUCGUCGCGCACAUUCUCGCGCUCGUGGCCUCUAACGGUUUCCGCUUCCAUCCCAAGCCGCGCCUUACAACCGCCGCUGCUUCUUCUUGCACCACCACAGCCACCGCCGCCGCGGAGCCUAACGCGGGCGGAGCCGGGGGCGACGGUGCUUCUGCGGUGCGCGAUGAUGGAAUGGCCAGAAACGUGGGGAAUGCUGUUAAGAACGGGUCGGCCAACAGCGAGGACGCGGAUGCGGAUGCGCAUGGCGACGACGCGAGCGAGGACGAGCUGCUGCAAGAGCGCAUCGCGCGGGCAGUGAAGAACAAGUGCGCGCGCUUCGUACGCGUUAUCCAGCUACCCCGCGCCAUAGCUCUCGAGGCCGAAGCGACCGCCGCGAAUUACGCUCGAACCAUGACACUCCAGAUCGAACCCGACAAUCCCGACACGCCGUCAGCUGAGCAUAUCCUCGCCUCCGCCUAUCCGCUCCCCCUCUCUGGGACCUCCGCGGACUCCGCGCCCUUCCCGCCUCCGCUUCCGCCUCCGCCUCCCUCUCCGCCUCCGCCGUUCACCGUGUUCCGCCACGCGCUCGUGUGCAAGCGCUGGCUCCGCUUGGCGCGCUUCAGCCUCCCCGCCAUCCUCCUGCAAGCCGACCGCCGCCUUUCCACCCAAACCUUCCGCUCCUUCCUCUCCUCCCCACCUCCCCUCCCCCUCACCCUCUCCCCUCCCACCACCCGCUCCGCCUCCGCUGCUUCCCCGUUCUUUCCCCUCCACUCCCCGCUCACCCUGCGUCACCUGCACAUCGGCCCAUCGGCUCUAGACGCCAUAACAGACGAGCUCCUUAACUCCAUUGCGACGGGAUGCACUUCCUCCCUCACGCACCUGUCGCUGUAUCGCCACAUGAACCUGCACUCCUGGGACCAGAAUUUCUACGGCUCCGACGACCCAGACGAUCCCGACGACGCAGUCGCGAAAGUAACAGAGCCCGCCGUUACCGCCCUUUUCGCCGCCUGCCGCCGCCUGGUCAGCUUGAAACUCGUGCUGCCCAUGUGCCUGCCCGAGCUGCCCGCUUCCGUGAGUCUCCUGCAGCGGCUGACGAGGCUGGACGUUUCGUGCGGCCGGGACGAUCGCGAUUCCAGGCUGCUUCCAGAGCCAGAGGCGGGGUUACCUGAGAGCGUUGGCUCGUUGUCCGCGUUACAGUCGCUUCGCAUCCGCGCUGCUUACGCGCGCGCCCUCCCGCCCACCCUCUCCCGCCUCCGCUCCCUCACCUCGCUGAAAGUCGACGGCUGCUUCGACCUCCGGGAGCUGCCCGACGGUCUCGGGCAGCUAAAAAACCUGCGGUACCUGGAGCUGGCGAAGUUGGAUUCUUUGGAAUCCCUGCCCGACUCCAUCGGCCUCUUAUCAUCCCUCGAAACCCUCCACCUGCGCGGGCUCAGUGUCUCCUCUCUCCCAGACUCCUCCGCCCAUCUCUCUUCCCUCAAACGCCUCUUCCUCUCCCACCUCGCGCACCUGCGAUCGCUCCCUGACAGCAUCGGAGAGCUGCCAUCGCUGCAAGAACUGACCGUCAAGUUUUGCGCUCGCUUGACUGCUCUCCCGCCCUCGCUCUCCGCCCUCUCCUCCCUCACUGCUCUCACCGUUCAGCACUGCAAGUCUCUCGCCUCGUUGCCGGAGGAUAUCGGCGACGUUCCCCGCCUCGCCUCUCUUGUUCUCGACCAGCUCCCCGCCCUGGCAGCUAUUCCAGACUCACUAGCCCUCCUCUCCUCCCUGGCGCACCUGCACGCGGCCAAUUGUGAGGUUUUAACAUCGCUGCCAGCGUCUUUCGCGGGGAUGCACUCGCUCUCUCGCCUGCAGCUUCUCGGGUGUUCUUUGGAAUUCCUGCCCGAAGAUCUCGGGCAGGUGUCGGCGCUGACGGAGCUGCAUCUGAGCGAAGUCGGUUGCGAUCUGCCCGAUUCGUUCGGGCAGCAGCUGCUGAAGCUGACGCAGCUCACAAUUGCUGCUUAUUCUGGUCUCUAUCUCCUCCCCUCCCUCCACCACCUCGAAAUCCGUGACUGUGUGAAAUUCACCAGGCUCCCGGCCCCCCCCUCGCCCUCGCCCUUCCCAUCCACCCUGCAAACCCUAAUCCUGUCCAACACACUACAGAACACCAGCGACAUGCAGCCAGCCAUCUCCCACCUCUCCUCUCUGCAACACUUGCACAUCGAACACAUCCCAUCUCUCAAAACCGUUCCCAUAGCAUCCUCUCUGGAGAGCCUUUCUCUCUAUGACUUGUCUCUUGUCUCCCCUCUCUCAAUACCCAACAUCCUCACACUUCAGAAACUGAGAAUUCUGACCCUGCACACCCUCCCCUUACUCUCCCCUCUCCCUCCUUCAAUCACAGCCCUUCCUCACCUCCAGCGCCUUCAUCUCAGCCACAUGAAAAUUUCCAACUUGCCCGAGGACCUCGGGCAGAUACAAGGGCUGCGCGUGCUAACCAUAGACAACGCGCCGAAGCUAUCAACGCUCCCGGCCUCCCUCACCCUCCUCACCUCCCUACAGCACCUUAUGGUCACCGACUGUGAGAUAUUUUCCUCUCUACCAGAAGGAUUCGGCAAUCUUGCCUCUCUCCUCACUCUCACGCUCAACGACCUGCCGCUGCUGCUCAAGCUGCCCGCAGCCGUCUCACACCUGGCUUUGCUACAGGUGCUGGACGUGCAAGAGUGCAAAAAUCUCAGCGAGCUGCCCGAGGGGUUGGAGAGUGCGAUGAGUCUGCGGGAGGUGUAUCUGGAGAGAUGCACCCAAUUGGGGGAGUUGCCCGAGCCGCUGCUGGCGCAGGUAGGGAGGAUCCAGGUGAAUGCAAGAGAUUCAUGA